AACUUAAACAUGUUUAAGUCACAAGUGGAGAGGAAGAAAAUAAAAAUGCAGCUCUUGGGGUUGGUGAUCUGUUUGGCCCUUGGGAUCCUGCAUUCUGAGGGACCCGGAGGGAAGGUGACAGCGGUGGAUCCAGAAGCCAGCAUGAAUGUGAGUGAAAUUAUCUCUUACUGGGGAUUUCCUAGUGAGGAACACCUAGUUGAGACAGAAGAUGGGUAUAUUCUGUGCCUUCACCGAAUCCCUCAUGGAAGGAAGAACCAUUCUGACAAAGGACCCAAGCCCGUUGUCUAUCUGCAGCAUGGUCUACUGGCAGAUUCCAGUAACUGGGUCACAAACCUUGACAACAGCAGCCUGGGCUUCAUUCUUGCUGAUGCUGGUUUUGACGUAUGGAUGGGCAACAGUAGGGGAAAUACCUGGUCUCGGAAACAUAAGACUCUUUCAGUUUCUCAGGAUGAAUUCUGGGCUUUCAGUUAUGACGAGAUGGCAAAAUAUGACCUACCUGCUUCAAUUAACUUCAUUCUGAAUAAAACUGGCCAAGAACAAGUGUAUUAUGUGGGUCAUUCCCAAGGCACCACAAUAGGUUUUAUAGCAUUUUCACAGAUCCCUGAGCUGGCUAAAAGGAUUAAAAUGUUUUUUGCCCUGGCUCCUGUGGCCUCGAUCGAGUUCUGUACCAGUCCUCUAGCCAAAUUAGGACGAUUUCCAGAUCUUCUCAUUAAGGACUUAUUUGGGGACAAAGAAUUUCUCCCCCAGAGUGCAUUUCUGAAGUGGCUGGCUACCCACAUCUGCACGCAUGUGAUUCUGAAGGAGCUUUGUGGAAAUAUGUUUUUCGUUCUGUGUGGAUUUAAUGAGAAAAAUUUAAAUAUGUCUAGAGUCGAUGUGUAUACAACACAUUCUCCUGCUGGAACUUCUGUGCAAAACAUGCUACAUUGGAGCCAGACUUUUAAAUUCCAAAAACUUCAAGCCUUUGACUGGGGAAGCAGUGCCAAGAAUUAUUUCCAUUACAACCAGAGUUACCCUCCCGCAUACAAUGUGAAAGACAUGCUUGUGCCCACUGCAGUCUGGAGUGGUGGUCAGGACUGGCUCGCAGACGUCACCGACAUGAAUAUCUUACUGACUCAGAUUACCAACUUGGUGUACCACAAGAACAUUCCAGAGUGGGAGCAUCUUGACUUUAUCUGGGGCAUCGAUGCCCCAUGGCGACUGUAUAAUGAAAUUAUUGAUCUAAUGAGGAAAUACCAGUGAAAGCCAAACUUGAGAAAUGUACCAUGAAGUCAGUGAUUAAGUCAUAUGAAAAUGUGUUUGCUUAAUUUCUGUAAAAUACAUGUUUUUCUUUCCCAGGUCUUUUGUAUUUUUAUAUCCAAGAAAACUAUGACUUUGAAGAUGCCCAAUUCUCUCUAGUUACAAUGAGAAACACACUAGCUAUUUUAAAAUUAUGACUGAAUAUGAAACUAGUAUCUCAACCAUAGUGUUAUCUCUUUAAGUCUUAAAAAAAUAUCACUAGCAUGUGAAAAGGUCAUUAUAGCCAUUCUGUUUAUCCUUACAAUUUAAAAUAUACUAUCUUGACUUUUUACCC